AUGGGUCACUAUGCUAGUCAAUACCCGAAUAAGAAAAAUAAGGGCAAGCAAAAGAAGCAAGUUGCAACUACUGCAAAGGUGGAAGAGUUCGCAACACAGUUUGACAAUGAGUUUUCACUCAUUGCUUGUCUCUCAAGUUCAUUUGCCAACAGUGUUUGGUAUAUUGAUAGUGGGGCUUCCUGCCACAUGAUGGGAGUCAAAGAAUAUUUCACCAAGUUGGAGGAGAAGAAGUUGGAUUUCUAUAAUAAGCUUGGAGACAAUGCCAAGUACCAUGCAACUGGUGUUGGCAUAGUCAAGUUUCAGAGGGAGUUUGGCAAACCUUUUUUUGUGGAGGACAUGUUGUAUGUUCUUUGCAUGACAAAGAAUUUAAUCUCUGUUUCUACUUUAGAGGACAUGAGUUACAUCGUGACCUUUGAAGAGGGAAAAGUCUAUAUUCGUCCUAAGAAUUCCAAGGUAGAAAAAGUGAUUGGAGUCAGGUAUGGUAUCUUGUUUCGGUUACACUUUGAGCCAACACAUGCGUUGGUGAGUAACAACAGAGGGCUUGGAGAAUUGUGGCAUAGGAAGAUGGCACAUCUUCACCGUGGAGCACUUAAUGUGCUCAAAGAAAUAGUGACGUGGCUGCCUAAGAUGAAGGUUGAAAAGCAUGAGGUGUGCAAGGGAUGUGCUCUUGGGAAAUAUGCCAAGACCAAUUUCCAAGCAGUGAUACUAGAUCUAAAGGGAUUUUGGAUCUCAUACACUCAAAUGUAUGUGGACCCAUGUCAACAGGAUUCUUGA